UAUUUAUUGACAAUUCAUAAGUCAACAUAAUCGAUUUUUAUGUGAUUAGUCGGAUUAAAGUCAUAAAUAAAGAUAAUUGAAAUAAUUCUGAUUAUAUUACUAUUCAAAGUCAGAGUGAAAACUAAAAUUCAUAAUAUAAUUUAACUAGAAUUCAAUUUCAGUUUGUUCUUCUCUUCUCCUUGUUAAAACAUGGAUAUAAGAGCCGAAAAGUUAGCUAAGGCAAGAAAAAAGUUAAGAGACCAUCAAGAAAAGAAAGUUGUAACUGGUCAAAGAGAAGAAAUAUUGGACGAACAGAAGCCUAAAGGUAGUUUAAAUGACAAUUUGAUGACUGUUAACAAAACUGUUCUUGAUCGUAAUCAUGGAAUAAAUGGAAAACAAAAAGAAUCUGUUGUUGACAUGGACACAGACAAGAAUGGUCCAGAAAGCAAAUCAGACACUAUUACUGAAAUGCUUAUAUCAAAUAAAGCAAACCUCGAAUUACACAUGAAUGAAAUGAGUACUAAACUAGCAAAUUUAGAAUCUCUAUAUGAAUUAGAAAUAAGUAAUCAUAAUGUUUGCAAACAACAAAAUAUUGCCCUACAAAAUGAAAUAAGCGAUUUAAAAACAAAGUAUAAAAUUGCUGUCAAAGAAGUUUCGACAAAAGAUGAAGACAUGGCACGAUUAAAGGAGACACUUGAUUAUCUACAUGAGGAAAAAAAGAAUUUAUUUGAACAAGUUGAAUUAACAAAAUCAAUUUUGAAUAGUAAAGAAUUAGAAAAUGCACAAAUGUUCCAUCAAAUAUCUUCAUAUCAGAGUCAAAUUGAUAUGUUGCAAAUUCAAUUGCAACAAUUAUCAAAUGAUUCUUUUGGUACUUAUGAUCAAGGCUAUAAAAAAAAUCAAGAUACUGAGACACUGUUAGACAAAAUUUAUGAGUUAGAACGUGGCAUAGAGAUGGUGCGAAGAGAAAAAGAUGAACUAAUUGAACAUUAUGACCAUUUUGCGCAAGAUAGAAAUGAGCAACUACAGUUAGAAGAGCGUAAAAAUGAAAAGAUAUCAAGGGAUUUACGUAGACUUUAUGAUAGGGAGCAAAGUCUUGUUGAACAAAUAAGUGAAUUGGAAAUACGCCUACAAAAAAAUAAUAUUAGGAAUGAUGAACUGUGUCAAAACGAAAAACACAACCGAGAAGUCAAAAAACAAUUAAUUGCAACUAAACAAGAACUUGAGGAAAUUAAUUUUAAAUAUAAAGAACUUCAAAAGCAACACAUGUACUGCCAAGAAAAAAUUCAAGCACUAACUCAAGCUAAAGAAAUUGAAAAUUAUGAAAAUAGCAUAUAUAAGCAAGAAAAUGUUAAUAUUUCUAAACUAAAUGCAGACAUAGUGAGUGACAAAUUGGCUGCACAAAGAGCAACAGAACAAAAUGAAAAGUUGAAAGUGGACAUUGAAGACUUGGAACAAAUUAUAGUUAAAAUGGGUAAAGAUAAGUUAGAGUUGACUGAGAAAUGGACACAUGAAAAACAAUUAAAUAAAGGAUUAGCCCUGAAAUUAGCAGAAGUAGAAGAGUGUGUUAAAAAUUUGCAGAAUCAACUAAAAGCUAAAGAUGAUGAAAUGAUAAGAUUGCUAAACGAAUAUAGGGAAAUGGAGAGAAAACAUGAAAAUACAUUGAAAGAUGUCAGUGAAAUGAAGCAAAAUUUAGAUUCAGAUAAUAUUCAGGAAUGUUCACAUGAAACACAAAACAAAACUGAUUUAGAUAAAGAGAAGACGUCACCUCUAACACCAAUACCACAAUCAAACACAAAAGUUAAACUAGACAAUUUAUGUAUACCCAAAGAGGAUGCGAUGAUCAAACUUCAAGAACGCUUUUUAAAUAUCAUGGACGAAGUUGCCAACUUAUCUGAUGAAAAACAUAGAUUGGAACAUAUUAUUCUCCAGCUACAAAACGAAACGGAUACUAUUUGCGAAUAUGUCGCGCUUUACCAACAACAACGAAGUUUAUUGAAGAAAAGAGAAGAAGAAAGAAGUAAUCAAUUAAAAAUAUUCCAAGCUGAAUGUGACAAAUUAAAACGUCAUUUAGAAGAAUUAAGUGAUCUUCUCUUAAGAUUCGCAGCUGACGAGGAGCUAGCCUCAUUUUUAAAAGAAGAAACUAGACAUACUGAUUUGGCUAGAGUGAAAGAAUUGCUCGAAAAGCUGCAAAAUUGUUCAUUAAUCAAUCCCAAAUUUAAAAACUUAGACUUAAACGUAUUUUAUCCCUGUCAUUGUUGCUCUGGCCAACUCAUCGAUAUUUAAAGUAAUCAGUUAAUAAACAGCA